CGGGCCCGCCCCUGCCGUGGCGCCCACCCCGCGGGCCCUGGCUCUGGGCGGGAGACGGCGGGGCUGGGAGGCGCCAGCCGCGGAGGGGAGGGGCGCGCGGAGGGGAUGGGCUGCCAGCCGUCCGUCCACCUUCUGUCGCGGCGCCGGGGACACUCUCGCCGCCUCCGCUCGGUCCCCUCUGGUCCUGGGAGCGUGGGCCUGGUUGCAGGGGGCUUCCGUGGGCCUGGCCUCUCCUACCGCGGGAGGAAAGAGUGAGGGAAUCCCCAGGCGCCCGCCGCCUCAGAGAGCCAAGGUGUCCUCGGGUCGGGCGGGCGCUGAAGACGAGCCCGGGCGGGGCCCCUGCGCGUCGUGCCUGUCGCCGGCCGUGUCCGGAGCGGAGGCCAGCGCCCGCCCGCUCGGCGCCCCAGGCCGCGAGGACCCCACCCUACCGGGCGUGGGCGACGGCCGGCCGGGGGCGCGAGGAGCAGCCGUCGCGGGGCCUCGCCGCGGCCUCCAGCGCCCGAGUCACGGGGAAUGCAGUGGCCCCCGACCCCUGGCGCCUCUCCGUGUCUGGGCUGGGCCUCCUCGCUCGCCUGCUCCACCGCCGCGACGCUCCUGGUCCGAGCCGGCCGGGGCCCCCUCAUGGCGGCCAAGUGGUUCAAGGAGUUCCCCCUGAACCUGAAGACCGUGUCAGAGCGGGCCAAGCCCGGGGGCGGCGGCGGCGGCAAACUGCGCAAGAACUCGGAGGCGGGCGGCGCGGGGCCGGGCCCCGGCAAGGGCCGCAAGAACUCGGCGGCCGAGCUGGGGAGCGGCAGGGCCGGCCUCGGCCCCAAGGACAGCCGGCUGUCCCGCGACAGCCUGCAGGGUCUGAUUCAGGCCGCCACGGGCAAGAGCCGCAAAAACUCCCGGGCCACGGAGGAGGAGCCCCACCGGGGUGCGACCAAGAGCUCUGGCUGCAGCACCUACAUCAACAGGCUUAUCAAGGUGGACACUCAGGAGAAGAACGGGAAAAGCAACUACCCCAGCAGCAGCAGCAGCUCCAGCUCCAGCUCCAGCUCCUCUUCCUCCGCGUCCUCUUCCCCUUCCUCCCUGGGGCCCGAGCUGGACAAGGGCAGGAUUAUUAAGCAGCAAGACACGGUCAUCAUUUUAGAAGACUAUGCUGACCCUUAUGAUGCCAAACGGACAAAGGGUCAAAGGGAUGCAGAGAGAGUCGGAGAGAACGACGGUUACAUGGAACCGUAUGAUGCACAGCAAAUGAUAACAGAAAUUAGACGACGGGGUUCCAAGGAUCCCUUGGUGAAGGCUCUCCAGCUGCUUGACAGUCCCUGUGAACCCGCGGAGGGCGGCCUGAAGUCAGAGACCUUGGCCAAAAGACGCAGUUCCAAGGACCUUCUGGGGAAGCCGCCACAGCUGUACGACACUCCCUACGAGCCUGCAGAAGGGGGCCCCAAGGCAGAGGGGAAGCCACGGCCCCCAGACAGCCGGCUGCCCGAGAAUGACGAGCGGCCCGCGGCCGAGUACGAGCAGCCCUGGGAGUGGAAGAAGGAACAGAUCGUGCGGGCUCUGUCAGUCCAGUUUGAAGGAGCUGAGCGACCUUCCGUCAGGGAGGAGACAGUGAGGCAGCACCACCGGCAGAAGAGCUGGACCCAAAAGAUCCUGAAGCCAGCCCUCUCAGACCACAGUGACGGGGAGAGAGUGGACCCAGGCCUGCCCCUGGAGAAACAGCCCUGGUAUCAUGGUGCCAUUAGCCGUGCCGAGGCUGAGAGUCGACUACAGCCCUGCAAAGAAGCUGGUUACCUGGUUCGAAAUAGCGAGUCAGGGAACAGCAGGUACUCCAUUGCCCUAAAGUAAGUAAGCCCCGUAGCUUUCCUCAUCUCCAAGGGGAGGGAACGCUGUGUGACAGUCUUCCAGUCAAAAGACAUACUAUGAAGGUGAUUCACAGGGGUGUCCAUUGCAGAAAAUAAGAGGCAUUUGUUUGUACAGCAGAACAUGAGACCCUUGGAAUGAAAAUGCAAAAUUGGUAUUGGGUAAAUGCCUCCAUUAUCUAUUACGAUAACCAAGGUCUUAUUGCAUUAUCUUUGUACAUUAGUCAAUUUCUACCUUACAUUAGCUAAUCUGGAGUAGGCCCCCUCAGUAGAGAAAUAAUUCCUGAUGAAAAGUAUUAUUUCUAACAAGGUAGUGCAUCAUUCUUCUUUUACUCCCUAGUAUUGGGGACUUUAACAAAUCAAGAUCCCCCUGAUUGUCAAAAUGCCAACUGCAAUUUCAAUGCCAGUUUUUUCUGGUGAAGAAGGAAAUGCUGACUUGCCUGUUACUCCCCCUGUCUGACCGUACACAGAAAAUUCACUUUUGCCUAGUAGGCCUGGUGGAGUGUGUAUCAUGGAAAUUCUCACUGUUCUGUGAGUUCAGUGGCCCUAUAUUGGAGGAUCAUUGUCAAGAGCCCUAACAGCAUUUCCUUCCUGAGGAAGCUGAGCCCCUGCAGCUGAAACAAUCAGGCUGGAGGAGAACAGAGGGGGGCGGGGAGUUGAGCAAUAUGGCUCAGAAAAUGGGAUAGGCCACCAGAUAUACAAUACCAGGAAUAGCUCGACCGUGUUCCUGAAAUUGGUGCUUGCGGAUUAAAUCUUUGAGCCUUUGGUGCCAGCUUUCAUUCUAUACAACCAGGAAUGGUCUUUCCAGAUGCGAGGGGAGGAAAUGGUUUUUAUUAUUAUUAUUAUUUAUGUGUUCUUUUUGGGAAAAAAGGAAGAAGUACCGUUACAUAUGUUCU